CCGAACAGUAAUUUUGUAUAACACAUUCAUAUGGGUGGUCUGAUAUGAAUUUAAUAAAGUGGCGUAUUUAAUAAUCAAUUAAAAUUAUUGUUACUGAACAAGUGAUGCCAUUAUUAAGUUAAUCUUUAAAAUGUAAAUUAUAACGUAAUAAAAUUUAAUUUAAUACCACUUAGUUUACAAGUCUCGGUGUUUAUUUAAAAAUUACAAAAAUGUUUAACUAUAAAUAUCUCACUAGGGAACACCUAGAAGGCUUCGAUAAUUACAAGUACAUGGCAAUAGACACCAGUCCCCUAAGUGUUUAUGUUAUGCAUCCAUUUUGGAACAAAGUUGUAGAGCUGGUACCACGAUGGGUCGCACCGAACGUCCUUACAUUCGUCGGCUUUCUUCUCACUGUCCUAGAUUUCGUUCUACUCUCAUACUACGACUAUGACUACAGCGCUGCGAGUACUUCGGUCCACAACAUGACCAGCCCUGAUCAGCCUUUGAACGGGCAUCCUGAAGUUAUACCACAGAAGUUAUGGUAUCUACUUGCUGCUUUUCUCUUCCUUGCUUAUACUUUAGAUGGUAUCGAUGGUAAACAGGCUAGAAGAACACAAACAUCUGGACCUUUAGGAGAGCUUUUUGACCAUGGUCUAGAUUCGUAUUCAGUUUUCUUCAUACCAGCCUGUCUUUAUUCUAUAUUUGGACGAUGGGACUUCUCUAUACCGCCUAUUAGAAUGUACUAUGUGAUGUGGAACCUACUUCUCAACUUCUACUUGAGCCACUGGGAGAAGUACAACACUGGGGUACUCUUUCUACCCUGGGGGUAUGACUUCAGUAUGUGGGCGUCAACCCUCCUGUUUGUGUGGACGGGUAUACACGGCACUGGGUACUACAAGCGGUACAUAUUUGGUACAUACACUCUGGCCAAUGGCUUCGAAUGGCUUAUUUACGGCACGGGAAUAUUCACAAAUCUGCCUGUAGCUAUCUACAAUACAUACAGGUCGUACACUCUUCGUACAGGCAAGAUGCGUUCAUUCAGUGAAGCUUUAAGACCUCUAUGGUCUAUUCUAGCUGUGUUCACAGUGACCACAGUUUGGGUGCACAAGUCCAGUGUACUACCAGACUACGAUCUCAGAGUUGUCUUCUUGUUAAUCGGAACUAUAUUUAGUAAUGUUGCGUGUCGUCUGAUAGUAAGUCAGAUGAGCGGACAGCGGUGCGAGGGUGUGAGCGCGCUGGUGUGGGCGGUGUGCGCGUGCGCCGCGCUCGGCGCGCUGCUCCCCGCGCACGAGGUGACGCUGCUGUACUCACUCACCGCGCUCACUGUGGCCGCACAUCUACACUACGGCGCUUGUGUGGUACGCCAAAUGUGCGACCACUUCAGAAUAAGCUGUUUCCAUAUAAAGCAACGCUCAGAUUGACUCUUAGAUGACAAUGCGUGCUAAGAUGACAUGACAUAUACACCGUGACAUAACUGCAUAUGCUAUAGUAAGAACAACUUAUCUGACCCGGUCGGCACAAUCCAAACUAUAGUCUGACAUACUAUGGCCCGGUGAGAGGCGCUACUAUC